UCAGGAGGGUUUCCUUUCUUAACCGCGUCUUAUCGUACCGGACGGACAACAGUGCCCUUUGACUUGCAUCAUCUAGCUACUUCCACCGACCUCUACCAACCGCAGCUCCGAGGGCUGGAGGUAGAAAACCAUACGAAAAGGCCACAGGGUUGAUCCACAGUUAUUCACCUGGAUGUUAAUGCUGACAGGCUAUCUUGGUUGACUCCCAUCCCUGAGACUACGUGGACGUCCUUCCUGGGAGAACAUACCCAGUGCCCUGUGGGGUGCAGUGGAGCCAGCUUCAGGACUGACGGAUCAUGACUUCUAUAAAGGAGCAGGCAGCAAUCAGCCGGCUCUUGAGUUUUUUACAGGAUUGGGACAACGCUGGCAAAGUCGCCAGGAAUAACAUCCUCAACAAUUUCAUUGAAGCCAACCAAGGCAAGACUGCCCCUGAGCUGGAGCAGGAGUUUUCCCAGGGAGCUAGCUUGUUCCUGGUCCGCCUGACCACCUGGCUGAGACUCACCUACAUGACUGGUUCGCCUUUAGAUAAGCUGCUCAGGUCCAUUGGCGUCUUCUUAUCAGCUGUAAGCAGUAAUCGAUACCUCAUAGAGUUUCUUGAGGUUGGAGGGGUCCUAACACUCUUGGAAAUACUUGCGCUGAAUAAGAUCAAGGAGGAGGACAAGAAGGAAUCUGUCAAGCUACUUCAGGUGAUUGCAAACUCCGGCAGGAAGUACAAGGAGCUCAUCUGUGAAAGCUACGGUGUACGAUCCAUAGCAGAAUUUUUGGCAAAGUCCAAGUCAGAAGAGACUCAGGAAGAAGUGCAGGUCCUGUUGGAUUCUUUGAUCCACGGUAAUCCCAAGUACCAGAAUCAAGUGUACAAAGGCCUGAUAGCUCUGCUGCCCUGUGCAUCCCCGAAAGCUCAGCAGCUGGCCCUGCAGACACUCAGGACUGCCCAGUCAAUCAUCGGGACCACACACCCCAGCAUCGUGGACUGCGUGCUGAAGGUGCUAUGCACGAUGCACUUGGAAGUCCAGUAUGAAGCCAUCGAGCUGAUCAAGGACCUGGUCAACUACGACGUGUGCCCAGCGCUGCUCAAGGGCCUUGUAGCGCUACUGAUACCGUCCUUCAAGGAGACCAGCAAACUGCAGUCCCAGAUCGUCAGCGACUCGUCGGUCCUCGAGCUCACCGCCCACCUGCCGCUGUUUUUGCAGCAGGCCGCGGCCGCCAAGGCCAUCGGGAUCCUGGCGCGCCACAACACGACCCUGGCCGAGGAGAUGCUGCACCUGCGAGUGAUACACAGCCUGAUGGCCGCCAUGGGCAACACGGAUCACAGCAACAGCCAGCGGCAGGCCAGCCUCACGCUGGAGUACUUCGUGCAGUUAUUCCCGGUGGUGGAGGAGAACGUGCGCAAGACCAUGGGGGAGGAACUCUACAAGCUCUUCCUAAGCAAUGCCGAGAAUCUGUACAUGAACAUAGAUAGCAUUCAGGCGGACAUCUUGGCAGCCAACAAAGUCAAUGUCACCAGAGGCUCAUCUCCCUGCCUCCAGUGCUGCACCUCAGCGGCCUCUCCUACAGCAACAUGAGCUUUUACUUUGGCCAUUCUAAUGAGGAUCAGGUGGCCUACAUCACACACUUCCAGAAGGAGGACGUGGAAGAAAAAGAGUAAGAGGAGGAAAAAGGAGCCUCGGAGGCAAGCCAGGAAGCCAAGGCUGUGUGGCAGGGAAGCCUGGCUGAAGCGAGGAGUCACAGCCAAGCUCCUGUCGACUCCCCUUGGCCUCGGUGGGAUACUGGGGGUUCUGCCCUCCGGUAGGGGAGAGAGCGAGCCCGCUGGGAAGUCUUCAAUAAACAAGUCUUGCUGUC